UAGCGUAAUUGAUGUAGUAGCUAGCUCUCAAGCUAUCAGAAACAUCAUUAGCCAGCAAGCUAACAGGCAGAGAGAACAUCAGUGCUUUUAGUCACUGCGGUGUUUAUUUUGGGAAGGGCCUCUGGGUACUUCAUUACUCUUAGUCGCCAACACCGAUAACGUUAGCUGACUUUAAAAACAUGUUUUUAACACCUUGUUGUGUUGUUUUCUGGUCGCUCUGUUGUGGAGUUAAUGUCAACAGCCUCGGAUAUCCUGUUAGCUAACCUGUUCGUUACCGUUAGAAAACUGUUUGAAGCAUCCACCAUGACAGCCAUCAAGCAUGCUCUCCAGAGGGACAUCUUCACACCCAACGACGAGCGUCUCCUCGGCAUUGUUAAUGUGUGCAAGGCGGGAAAGAAAAAGAAGAACUGCUUCUUGUGCGCGACAGUUACCACAGAGAGGCCUGUCCAGGUUAAAGUGGUUAAGGUGAAGAAAUCUGACAAAGGGGACUUUUACAAACGGCAGCAGACAUGGGAGCUCCGGGAUCUGACAGAAGUAGAUGCCAAAGAUGCAAGCAAGGAAAAUCCUGAGUUUGACCUUCACUUUGAGAAGGUGUACCGGUGGGUGGCCAGCAGCACAGCUGAAAAAAACUCCUUCAUCUCCUGCAUUUGGAAGCUGAACCAGCGAUACCUGAGGAAGAAGGUGGAGUUUGUGAAUGUCAGUUCUCAGCUGCUGGAAGAACUUCCUAAAGCGGAAGAAUCGGUGCCGAGCGGAGAGAGUCAGAGUGUUGCCGGGGGCGAUGAGGACGCUCUGGACGACUACCAGGAGCUGAGCACCCGUGAAGAGCAGGACAUUGAGAGCAUGAUGGAGAUGUGCGAGUACGCCAUCUCCAAUGCUGAGGCUUUCGCAGAGAAGCUCUCCAGCGAACUGCAGGUUCUAGAUGGGGCCAAUAUCCAAUCCAUCAUGGCAUCGGAGAAGCAGGUCAAUAUCCUAAUGCAGCUGCUGGAUGAGGCGCUGGGUGAGGUGGACACCAUCGAGGGAAAGCUGAGCAGCUAUGAGGAGAUGCUCCAGAGCGUCAAGGAUCAGAUGGACCAGAUCUCACAGAGCAACCGCCUCAUCCAGAUCAGCAACACCAACAAUGGCAAACUGCUGGAUGAGAUCCAGUUCUUAGUGAACUACAUGGACCUAUCAAAGGGACACAUCAGAGCCUUGCAGGAGGGAGACCUGACCUCCCCUAAAGGUAUCGAGGCCUGCAUCAAUGCCUCUGAAGCUCUCCUGCAGUGCAUGAAUGUGGCCCUCCGACCAGGCCACGACAAGCUGAUGGCUGUGACACAGCAACAGCUCCUGUUUGCUGAGCUAAGAGACACCUUCGCUCGCCGCCUCACCAAUCACCUGAACAAUGUGUUUGUUCACCAGGGCCAUGACCAGAGCUCCACCCUGUCGCAGCACACAACUGAGCUGACCCUGCCCAAACACAGCCCCCUCCACAGGGACCUGCUGCGCUAUGCCAAGCUCAUGGAGUGGCUGAAGAACACUCACAGGGAGAAGUAUGAAGGCCUGUCCAGGACCUAUGUUGACUAUAUGAGCAGAUUGUAUGAACGAGAAAUCAAAGACUUCUUUGAGGUUGCCAAGAUAAAGAUGGCGGGUACAACCAAGGAGGCCAAGGGCAAGUUUGCCACGCUUCCGCGGAAAGAGAGUGCACUCAAACAGGAAACAGAAAGCCUUCAUGGCAGCUCUGGGAAGCUAACAGGCUCUACCUCAAGCCUGAACAAGCUGACAGUGCAGGGCUCCAACAGCCGGCGUUCCCAGUCUUCCUCACUGCUGGACAUGGGCAACAUGUCCGCCUCUGACCUGGACGUGGCCGACAGGACCAAGUUUGACAAGAUAUUUGAGCAGGUCCUCAGUGAGCUGGAGCCUCUGUGCCUUGCAGAACAAGACUUCAUCAGCAAGUUCUUUAAGCUGCAGCAGCACCCGACAGUUACACCCCCUCUUGCUCAGCCAGAAACAGAGGAAUCAGAUGGAGGCAUGUUGUCAAGAAUGCCUCCCCAGGCUGAACACAGACACUCCUUGUCAUCAGAGAAAGACAUGGUGCGGCUGAUGAUGAAUAAAAUCUUCCAGAGCAUCGAGACGGAGCUCAACAGUCUCAUUGCUCUGGGUGACAAGAUUGACAGCUUCAACUCUCUCUACAUGCUGGUGAAAAUGAGUCACCAUGUGUGGACAGCUGAGAACGUUGACCCGGCCUCUUACCUCAGCACUACUUUGGGAAAUGUGCUGGUCACUGUCAAGAGGAACUUUGACAAAUGCAUUUCUGGUCAGAUCAGACAGAUGGAGGAAGUGAAGAUUUCUAAGAAAAGCAAAGUUGGUAUCCUGCUUUUUGUCACUGGGUUUGAGGAGUUUGCUGAGCUGGCUGAAACAAUCUUCCGUAAUGCAGAGCGCAGAGGGGACCUGGAUAAAGCUUAUGUCAAACUUAUCAGGGCUGUCUUCGUGAAUGUGGAGAAGGUAGCCAAUGAAAGCCAGAAGACGCCGCGGGACGUUGUGAUGAUGGAGAAUUUCCACCACAUCUUUUCCACACUGUCACGUCUAAAGAUCUCCUGCCUGGACGCAGAGAGACGAGAGGCCAAGCACAAAUACACAGACCAUCUGCAGUCCUAUGUGAUCAACUCUCUGGGCCAGCCUCUGGAAAAACUCAAUCAUUUCUUUGAAGGAGUUGAGGCACGUGUAGCCCAGGGUGUUCGUGAGGAGGAGGUGAGCUACCAGCUGGCGUUCAACAAACAAGAGCUGCGUAAAGUUAUCAAAGAGUAUCCUGGCAAGGAGGUGAAAAAGGGACUUGACAACCUGUACAAAAAGGUGGACAAACAUCUGUGUGAAGAAGAAAGUCUUCUACAGGUGGUGUGGCACUCCAUGCAAGACGAGUUCAUCCGUCAGUACAAGCACUUUGAAGAUUUGAUCGGCAGAUGCUACCCUGGAUCUGGAAUCACCAUGGAGUUUACCAUCCAGGACAUGUUGGAGUACUUCUCCAGCAUUGCUCAGUCUCAUUAGUCUAGCUGCUAUGCACUAUGAUUCACUACUGCCUCACACCGGCAAAAGAUAUACUAGCUACUCAGAAACUAUGCUCUGUUGUUUUUUGGACAAUGAACAUUUCCUCUGUGUGUGUCUGUGUAUUUUAAUGAAAGGGAUUUGUACACUGGACAGUGGUGCAGAAAUCUCUGCAUUGUGUGUGUGACUGUUCCAUUGAGAUUUAACAACUGCUCUAAAUACUUAAUUGUUUGUUAUAUUUUUGUUAUUUCUUUAUGCCAUAUGUACAUAAUAAAUUCGCAGUUGCCGACCCA